AUGGCGCUUCUCGGUCUCGCACUCACUGCCGUGCCACAAGCUUCUGCUGCGCGCCGUGAGCAUGGGCAUAGACGUGAUCAUCGCCAUGACCACCACAACGCCAUGCUACUCCCCGAACACGGACCGCCAGUACCGAUCAAAUCGGAGACUGGGCUUAUCGACCCGACUCCGACUCCUUAUAAGGCCGAGGAAGGAAGUGUCGACAACCUCCCCCCGGCGGCUAUCGUUCCACUGGCCCCCGGCACUCCGGAUCCCCAAGAUCCACUGCCCCUGGCAUCCAAUAUCGCCGCCUUCGAGGAGCCCUUUGAGAAGCGCACUGCCCCGAUGGCUCGGAGCUCUGGCGCAGGCAGCGGCGGCGGGUACGAGCCCCACCCGCCUAAUCGUCGACUCGGGUUCGCCUUCGAGGAGCCCUUUGAGAAGCGCACCGCCCCAAUGGCUCGGAGCUCUGGCGCAGGCAGUGGCGGCGGAUACGAGCCUUACCCACCCAACCGCCAACUUGGACUCCCGCAGAGUGCAGCGCUCGCGUUCUUCCUCUCUGCCAUCGGCUUCUUCUUCCUCUCCCUCAUCUGGAACCUAUACCUCCAGGUCGGGCUUGCGAGGGAUCAGGCCAAGAAGAUCGAUGGUCGUGCCGUGCAAGCCAUGAGGACGGGUGUUUCUCCUGCGCCUUUGGGAUUGCUUUUUGCUCGGGGUGAUGGUGCUGCCAAAGGAGGUGAAGGCGCGUGGCUCAGAGGCGCGAAUGCGCCGGUUGGGCCUGCGGCUGCUUAG